CUUCGCGCGCGCGCCGCCGCCGCCGCUCCAGCCCAGGACCACCGCCGCCCGCCGCCGCCGCCGCCGCCGCCGUCGUCAUGGCUGACAACGCCGCCGCCACGGGCGGCCUGGAGAAUCACCGCUUUAAAAGCUUCAAGAAUAAGGGCCGCGACGUGGAGACCAUGCGAAGACACAGAAAUGAAGUGACAAUUGAGCUUAGAAAGAACAAAAGAGAUGAACAUCUUUUGAAAAAAAGAAAUGUGCCCCAAGAAGAAAGUUUAGAAGAUUCAGAUGUUGAUGCUGACUUCAAAGCACAAAAUGUAACGCUAGAAGCUAUACUGCAGAAUGCUACAAGUGAUAACCCUAUUAUCCAGCUAAGUGCUGUCCAAGCUGCAAGAAAGCUAUUAUCAAGUGACAGAAAUCCUCCUAUUGAUGACCUAAUAAAAUCUGGAAUUUUACCAAUAUUGGUUAAAUGUCUAGAGAGAGAUGAUAAUCCUUCCUUACAGUUUGAAGCUGCAUGGGCUCUGACUAACAUAGCAUCAGGCACUUCUGUACAGACUCAAGCUGUUGUACAGUCCAAUGCAGUCCCUCUCUUCUUACGACUGCUACAUUCACCACAUCAAAAUGUUUGUGAACAAGCUGUUUGGGCUCUUGGGAAUAUUAUUGGUGAUGGUCCUCAGUGUAGAGAUUAUGUCAUAUCACUGGGAGUUGUCAAACCUCUUCUAUCCUUCAUCAAUCCCUCCAUUCCCAUCACUUUCCUUCGGAACGUCACAUGGGUUAUUGUAAAUCUCUGCAGGAAUAAGGAUCCUCCACCACCUAUGGAGACAGUUCAGGAGAUUUUACCAGCCUUGUGUGUUCUUAUAUACCAUACAGAUAUAAAUAUUCUUGUGGACACUGUUUGGGCUUUGUCAUACUUGACAGAUGGUGGCAAUGAACAAAUACAAAUGGUGAUAGAUUCGGGUGUUGUACCUUUUUUAGUUCCUCUUCUGAGCCACCAAGAAGUCAAAGUUCAGACUGCAGCACUGAGGGCAGUUGGCAACAUAGUAACUGGUACUGAUGAGCAAACACAAGUUGUUCUCAACUGUGAUGUCCUCUCCCAUUUCCCAAAUCUUCUGACACAUCCAAAAGAAAAGAUAAACAAGGAAGCAGUUUGGUUUCUUUCCAAUAUCACUGCAGGAAAUCAGCAGCAAGUUCAAGCUGUAAUAGAUGCUGGACUUAUCCCUAUGAUAAUUCACCAGCUGGCUAAGGGGGACUUUGGCACACAAAAGGAAGCUGCUUGGGCAAUUAGCAACUUAACAAUAAGUGGUAGAAAAGAUCAGGUUGAAUACCUUGUGCAGCAGAAUGUAAUCCCACCAUUCUGUAACUUGCUCUCAGUCAAAGAUUCUCAAGUCGUGCAGGUGGUUCUGGAUGGGCUGAAAAACAUUCUAAUAAUGGCUGGUGAUGAGGCAAGCACAAUAGCGGAAAUUAUAGAAGAAUGUGGAGGGCUAGAGAAAAUAGAGGCAUUGCAACAACAUGAGAAUGAAGACAUUUAUAAGCUAGCUUUUGAAAUAAUAGAUCAGUAUUUCUCUGGUGAUGAUAUUGAUGAAGACGCCAGCCUCAUUCCUGAAGCAACACAAGGAGGUACUUACAAUUUUGAUCCAGCAACCAAUCUUCAAACAAAAGAAUUUAAUUUUUAAGUUCAGUACAAUGCAGCUUGUCUAUCCCACACCAGUAAAAUAUACCACCAGAUGUCUACAGCUGGAAAAACAGCCUUCAAGCAUAUGCCUCUUUGUCUGAUGCUUCUAAAGCGAGUCAUAUAUCAGUCACUUUGCAGAUGCCAAAAGUACUAUCAUGUGGACCAUAAAUGAAUAUGCAUGAUCUCAUAAACCAUUAAGAAUUUUUUAACAGCCCCUACUACCUUUCCUGUUUUAGUUUUGGUUUUUAUUUCCCCAAUGCCUCAUGGUUACAACUGCAGUCUUUGUGGUGGCUCGUUGGCUUUCCACAGAAGAAUAGCUUUCUUUGGAAAAUAGUGCACUGUGGAAUAAGACUCUUUAGUAUGAAGCUUACAUUUUGGAAGACUUCUGAGAGGCCUGGUAUAUUUUUCGAGCCUCAACCAUUAUCCUUUACAAAUGUAUUUUCAUAUAUUUAAUGUGGAAGAAUAAAUAAAUAAAGUGCAAGUCGCAUUAUUUUCAUUGGUGAAACUGAAAUUUUAAACAAACAUCAUAAAAGAACUUGGUAAUUAAUUAGUUUAAAAACAGACUACAUGUAUUGGUAAUUGUGUUAAUUACUGCCAUAGAAGUUUGGGUUUGGAGAAUGAACUAUUUGGACAAGUAAAACAUGACCAUUGUACUUAAUUUUUGAGAACAGCAAGCUGUGCUUGACCAUUCUUCAGCCUAUGUGUUGCUGCUGUUUUUGAGAUUAUGAAAUGCUGUGCAUGGUAUCUUACCUGAGCUACAACCUGUUAUAGACUUGAACACUGUUUUAAGUUGAAAGCAAGAGUCCCACAAUAAAGUAACAAAAGUAUCCCAAAUAAUCAUUGGUUAACAAGAAUCUUGCUUUCAUCUUUCAGUAGUCAAUAUAUUUUGGUUUAAAUUUAUGACUGAAUGUUGAUUUAUAUUGCUUUAAACUGUGGAGCUUUCAUGUUUACUGUAAUUUAGCCUUAAACCUAUUUUUUUUUACUUACCAGUGCUUAUGAUGAUGUGGUUGGCAACAAACUAGCAUCUAUUUUAGAAGCAUUAUAAUAGCUUCAUUCUUGGAUAAUUGGAAGAAUAAUUCGCCUAUAUAGCUAAGAUGCAUACUAGUUGUGUGAGGCUUUAUGGAAGUUGCUAGUAUUCACCAUAAGCAUAAUGUGCAGCUUAGAAAGAAUAUAUUUACAUAAGCUGGUAACAUGCAAGUAAUGGGAAACUGUUCAGCCUGGUUUUUUAGAGAACUUGGGGUUGCUGUGGGGGAAAAUGAAAUUGAAACAAUGUAAGCUGUCAGACAAACUGAUAUUGUUACUGUUGUUCACUGGAUGUAUUAUCCCAAUGCCUUGAUGUGAAAGGUCACAAAAACAUAAAACUAAUGUAGUUAUUGGAUGUGGGUUGUAUUUACUGUGAUGAAGAUGAGGACUGAUGCCAUCAAGGCUUUGUUGAUCAGCUGUUUUUCCACUAAUGAGCAAGACAUUGCAGGUGUUCAUUCAUUAAAUAUAUCUGCUAAGGUGGAGCCACUUUAAAGAGUGAGUUGUCUUGUAUCUUGAGAGAUACAAGUAAAUAUUUUAAACAGCAAGAUUUUUACUUGCUAGAUUAUCUGUUUUAAUACAGUGGUUUGGCCUCUAUUUAUAAGUUUUAUAAAUUUUAAAAACAAUUUCUCUUUAAGGUGGCUCAGACUUUUCAACUCUUGUGCACAUAAAAUUGAGUUGAAGUUCAUUGUGCCUUUUUUCUUUACCCAGACGUUAAAUUAAUCUGGUAGUUGUGUCCUGAUAAUAAUUAUAGUCUAAAAUACUGAGAUUGUGGUGUUUUUGCUAAAAGCUAGGAAAAGAAUAAAGAUUUGGUCACAGUUUUUAGAAUUUCAAAGCUGAUAUGCAGUUGAUAAUGUGAACAAAUCUCCCUAAUUUUUAAACAUGCCUAUGUUCUCUGUCCUAGAUACUACAAAAAGAUGAAUUAUUUUUCGUUAGUGACUUGAAUUUUUUUCUCGCACUCAGUGCAUCAUUAGAAAUGAACAUAGGAAAAUUGAUUUAUAGCAGUAACUUGCAUUUUUAUAGACCUCUGUCACCUUAUUAACUUUUAAUUAGAAUUCUACCAUUCUAUAGUUAAUACAGGAAAAGGAUGCUUGGAUCCAAAGAUUCUGCAAUGCAAGAGCAGAAGACAUACAAUUGUCAUGAGGGAAUUGCUGAUUUCCCCACACACACAUUGAAAGCUCCCACAAAAUGGCACUAGAGGGGCAGGUAACCCUCCAAUGCAGCUUUUAGGGGGCUGCAGAUGGGGACAAUUUGCAGUAUUCUUUUCCACCCACCAUGUAGAGUUUCUUCCAGUCACACAGUGGAGUGGGAUCUUUGUAUCCAAGCCAGAAAUAUAUUGCUGCACUUUUAAGUUUUCAGAAGUGUUUUGAAAUUGCAUUGUGUUCAUUAUUUUUAACUCUUGGUUAAUAGAUCAAAUUGUUCUUUCAAAAGAGGCAUCUAAAUGUGUUCCUAAUUUUGUAUAUGGGCUUAGGUUUUAUAACCAAUAAAAAGCUGCUAUCAAAUAC